AUGCCAGGAUGCAUUAAACGCAAUGAAAUCUGCGAGGGGUAUCGAGAUAAUGCUUCCAUCAUUUUUCGGGACGAGACCGAAAAAGUGAUUGAGCAUGUGCGCGCAUCACAAGCCCUGCCGCAGCCCAGCUCAAAAACGUCUUCGCAACUAUCGGCAAGGAAGCGCAGCAGAUCUGUCGAAGCACCUUCGGUGCCGGGCCGGAUUGUAGACCCCUCAGAGCUGGCCCCUGGAGAGGCCACUGGCAUUAAGCUCGGAAAUCCGCGUCCCUGGCUUAAAGGACUGCCGUCUGAAAUGAUGCCCUCGGUAGAAGAACAAGCCGUCGAUAACUUCAUGGAGAAGUAUGUCAUUUAUCCAUGCAACCAGACAUCAUCUCCUGGGUUCCUAGAGCAUUUACCAUGCAUGUUCCAAGAGGUCAACAUUAAUGGGCGAUACGCUUUGCGAUGGGCCAUACGAGCUGCUGCAUAUGCCGGUCUUUCAAAAGAUCAGGAUAGCAACAUACUUGCAAGGAAGGCACUGCAGUGCUACGGUAUGGCGCUCUCUGCCCUAGGAGAUUCUCUUGGCAUGCCGGGAAAAGUCACAGAUGAUUACGAUCUGAUGACCAUAGUUACUCUAUAUACUCCUGAAGUAGCCGUCAAAGGAUCACAUGCUCAAGGAAUGGCGCAAAUCCUCCGAUUGCGAGGCUCGGACUUGGUCUAUAACUCACGAGGCUGGAGUCUUUUCCGACUUGCCCACCACAGGAUCCAAAUACAGCAAUUAUCUUUUAACAUGCUUCCAAGUCCGGAUACGACAAAUUGGCUAAACCAGCUCAAUGACAAUGAGCCGUAUGUGCGUCUUGAGAAGAACGCGAAUGCAAUCAGUGAUACGUGCAAGCGUGCGCGAAUGCUCCUAGAUCUGAUUAACGUUGGGGGCUUGCCGGCGUCUACUAUCGUCGACAUGGUUAAGGAGCUGCACUCCCUUGACCAAUCAGCAAUUAGCUGGCGGCAAACAUCAAAGUGGUCUUUGAAGAAUCUGACAGUGUCGGAAAGGCCGGAUCUUGAACCUGCAGCACGCGGGAUUACGGAUACGAUCCAACUGCAUCCCGAUAUUUGGAUGGCCUACGAAUGGAACUACCACCGAGCAGCGCGCAUCAUCUUUCUAGAGCAGCUUUUAAAGUGCACCAAGGUCGCGCUGGAGACCUCAGACCCAGAUAGUGGGGAAAAUAAAGCGCUGACUGACACCAUCGCCGAGUGUACCUCGACCAUCCAAUGGCUCGCAGACGAAGUCCUCUCAACAGUUCCCCAGUCCCUCGGGGAUAUCGGCCACAUGGGCCGGGAACACGACUUCAAGGAUGGCCCGCCUCGCUGCCGUGCAAUCGGCGGGUACUUGCUUCUCUGGCCGAUAAGGAUCACCAAAGGUCAAUCAUCUGCGACGACGCUGGAGCAGAAACAACGUGCGUGCAGAAUAUUUGAACGGAUUCGAGACUACACUGGAAGGAAAUCUACACUUGGCGACAAGAGCAUCAUAUGA